UAACCACAACACCACAUUCAUUUGCAAUAACAUUCUAUUCUUUGUAAUUCACAAGAACAAAAUGGUAGGAGAUCAAAAUGAAUCCAUGAUGAUAGUUUCCAUGUGGGCUUCCAUCACUACUCGGUUUACACCCCCUUUUCUCUUUUGUGUUACAAAUCUCAUAAUAGCCAUCCUUUUUAUGGCUUCAAAAUCAAACACAAAAUCCACCACCACCACAUACCAUGAAGAACAAGAACAUCAGGAACACGACCACGAACGUGAACAUGUUCGGGGUAGUGUUUUAUUAAUAAAACCAGUGGUCGCUCGAGUAACUUUGUUACUCGAACGAGCCAAAUCCAUUGACUUAAAAUCUAUUAUUAUCCCCAUCAUUCCCAUAAAAUUAUCAUCACUACCUAAGCUUCCCAAAUAUACUUCAUCAAGUCGACUCGCUCAGUCUAUAUUCUCCGCUUGUAGCUAUGAUUCUCAACCGGACUCGCCACGAUACCCAUCAAAAAAGUUACCAAAACCUUUAUCUCCUAUAUCAGGACGAUUAAAUUCCACCGAUUUCUCAACCAUUUACGACGAUAAUAAUGUAAUAGUUUCCACCGAGUUGCAAUACAUCUCCAACUCACCUUUAGUCCAUGCCCGAGUCAACUCGACCAAAAUACGUACCCCUAGAAAAUCACAACCAUCGACCCUAGUUGAUUUGGAUGAUCAUCAUGUAAUCAGGCAUAACUCGGAAAAGACUAGAAAAAAGAAAGAUAUGGUGGAGAUAAUAAAGACGUCACGUAGCGAAAUAAGGAAACUAGUGUGGGAUGAUGACAGAGUGGAAAUUAUGAAAAGGCCCGAGACAGCCAGAGCGAGGCAAAAUGCGGCCGACGAUGCAAAGGCUAAUGAUUUCAUUACAAAGUUUAGGGGACAGUUGAAACUACAACGUCUUGAUUCUCUUAACAGGUAUAACGACAUGUUAUGCAGACCGAUCGAGUAAUUAAUUAAUUAAGAUUAGUGUACGUUAAUUAGUUGUAAAAUACAUGCAUGCUGGAGACACUUGACAGUUUGCUUUUGUAGUCGAUCUGUUGUAUUAUAGUACGUACUUUUGUAGUGAUAUGUAAAUACCUGUUUUUAGAGGACUAAUCAUGUACGUAGUUAGUUAAUAUAUAGUUAGUGUGAUAUGACUAGAUUAAUAAGUUUUUGCCGUUCAAAAAUUAGUAGUAUACCAUUCUCAUA